CGUUCUGGGCUGCUCCUCCGGCCGGGGAGCGGCGGAGUCUCGCUCGCAGCCAUGCACGGGCUAGGCCAGCCUUGCGCUCUGGCGGCGCUUUUCCCACCGGGGCUGCUGCGGGUGGUCGCCAGGAGCGUCGCCUUGCGGGAAGCAGCCAGCCGGAGCAGCCUGCGGGCUGCCGCGUGGCUCCUGAGCGGCCACCAGGUGCAGGCGGAGGAGGAGGAGCAGCGGGCGCCGCGCAGGAGCGACCCGCGGCGGGCCAGGUCGGGGUGGUGGAGGCCAGGCCGGACUCCCCAGCGGCGAAGCCCCCUUGCCUUCUGGCCGGCUUGCCCGAAGAAGCCCCAGGCGCUUGUCCUGCUCUUUCCUUGCCGGCUGCCAGAUAUGGAGGCGGCCGGUGCCUGCCGGCUGCGCACCGAGGCCGCCCUGCAAGCCACCGGCAGCGACCUGCCCGGCGGUGGGGGAGGCAAGAGCAGCCUCGGACCGCAGAAGGAUACCGGCAGAUCCCCAGGAAAUGACGUUCCGGAUCCCAGCAAGGAGAAUGGAAAGAAGCCAAACAAAUCUCAGCAGCUGAAGAAAGUUUUUAAGGAAUAUGGAGCAGUAGGAGUUGGGUUCCAUAUUGGAAUUUCCUUGAUGUCUCUGGGAAUGUUCUACUUGGCUGUGUCAAGUGGAGUCGAUAUGACUGCCCUGCUUUUCAAGCUGGGCUUCGAUGAAGCUCUCGUACAAUCCAAGUUGGCCGCUGGGACAAGCACUUUUGUAUUGGCCUAUGCUAUCCACAAACUGUUUGCUCCAGUCCGAAUCAGCAUCACCUUAGUCUCGGUGCCGUUCCUGGUCAGAUAUUUCCGGAAGACAGGCCUCUUCAAACCUCCAGCUCCAAAUCCUUGAUUAAACCCUCAGAG